AUAACUCAUAAUUUUAUGUCUCUUCCAUUAUCCGAAGCCCACCUAGAAAUAGGGGGAGGGAAAAAGAAACCAAUCUUGUGACUGGUGUUACUGUCGCAGCAAUGGCGGCUUUAGAAGCGGCAGCCUCUGUCUUUUCUAUCCUUGCUUCAACACCGUCUUCUUCUUCGACGUUCUUCCCGUUGUCCUAUAAAUUUCUGCCUGUAAAGCUACACGUUUCUGCUUCUACCCCUUCCCUUUCCCUCAAAUACCCUCUUUCCCCUUUCUUGCUUCCUCCCAACAGCAGCCCAGCCAGAAGACCCAGCUGCGAACUGUGCUGUGCUGUGCAGGAAGUUACAUUAGAACAAGUUCCGGAGCAAACCCAGGAGCUGAAUCAGAAAAAAAAACUUUUUGUUGCCAAUUUGCCUUGGUCUUUCUCCGUUGCUGAUGUUAAGAACCUCUUUAGUGAAUGUGGAACUGUCAGAGACGUUGAGAUUAUAAAGCAUAAAGAUGGAAGGAGCCGAGGCUUCGCCUUUGUCACGAUGGCUUCUGGUGAAGAAACACAGGCUGUUGUGGAUAAAUUCAACUCUUAUGAAUUGUCAGGAAGGACUCUUAAGGUCGAGUUUGCAAAGAGGUUUAGAAAACCUUCACCUUCUCCUGCUAGCCCUCCUACUAGAGAGAUACGCUAUAAGCUUUAUGUGUCUAAUCUUUCAUGGACAGUAAGAUCUGGCCAUCUGAAAGAAUUUUUCUCUGCUAAUUUUAGUCCACUUUCAACGAAGGUCAUCUUUGAUAACCCUUCAGGAGGGUCUGGUGGGUAUGGGUUUGUAUCAUUUGCUACAAAGGAGGAAGCAGAGGCUGCAAUUUCUGCCUUAGAUGGCAAGGAGUUAAUGGGCCGGCCAAUUCGUCUUCAAUUCAGUCAUAAGAACAUUGAUGAAUCCAGAGAUGAAAAGGAAGUGGGAGACAUUUGUGAAGGGCAACCUGAAAAAUCAGAUUGACAUGUGUUCUUUGGCAAUUUUGAUCUAUGAUUUGCCAAUUGAGGAGGGUAAAUAUGGCAGAAACAGGAAAUUCACCUGCCCACUUAUAGUAAUGAUCAAAGGCAUUCUAUGUGGUCUCUGUUUUUUCACUUGUCUGUUUGUGCCAUUAAUUUUUAAUGUGUACUUUUACUGUGGCAGCUAACUUUGUUUUUAAUAUCUUACCAUAGUUGUCUAAAAUUGUUAAUAUAUUUUAUACUUUAAUUAAAUGUAGAGAUCAAAAUUUAUGUUUUAUCUUAUAAAAGCUGAAGUAAUAAUCUUAUGGGUUUC